CAUGGUAAAAAUAAUAUGCAUCGUUUGUCUCAUAGAGCAUGUGUACCAUUGUCAAAUGUUCUUGCCAUGUCUGAAGAUUAUCCUUCAAACUCUUCCAAAAAGCAAGACAAGAAGUCAAGGAAUAACAUUGAUUUUGUAAUGGCAAUGGGUGAGCUUGAAGCUUACGUUGGCAUUUUUAAAGAUCAUUAUGGGAAAUUCCCUUAUCAAGAGAAAAACACACCUUUUGAUUUUAAAAGGGAAGAAAAUAUUUUGAAGGAAUUGCUAAAAAAUCAUUCAAGAGAAGCAAUUGUAUCAGACGAUACUUUUCCGUCCUCAUCUGAUAAUGAAUCGGGAAGUUCCCUUGCUGUUGUGGACUUAACUGAUGAUUUAAGCGAAGAUGAUGGGGAUCAGAUUACGGAGAAUGUUGCUACUUCUAUGCAGAAAAGUCACACCACGACAACCUUAUUUGAACAAGACGUUUCUUUGGAUUCAUAUAUGGUUCCAAAUGGUUUUUUGGAAAAUGGCAACAGAUCAGCUAAUGAAACCAAUAAUUCGAAUAAUAGUCAGGAAAUUAUAGAUACCAUCAAUAACGACUCGAUGAUAAAAACUGGAUUUCAACACUCUAUGGAUGUCCUCCAAGGCAACCCAAAAGAAUUACAAGAUCUUCAAGAAGUUAUCACUGGUAGUUUAUUGCCUAGCGAAACCACAGAUGAUGUUCAAAACUGGUUAACUCAUAGAAUGCCGUCGCCUGCUGGGAUCUCUAUAAGCAAUGUUAUUUCUGGAACAGAUGUUUCUUCGGGUACUGACCUUGCUGAAGUUGCUCAUUGUGAUGCUGAACCUGUCAUGCAGAGUACUAAUUUUUCUAUGAGUACACCAUCAACAGAACCAGAGCCAUUCCAAAGUACUUCAGUCUUUUCUACCUCAUCGAAUUCUAUGCAUCUUUGUUUAAGGAAUUAUGACAGGGUGUCGGAAGCUGGUGAUUUUUGUGAUUAUCCCCCAAGUACUCAGUUUCACGAUGAUGAAGAACCAGAUAUUGAAAUUAUCAGUGAAUUAUCUCCUUCCGGUGCCAAGACAAAAAGAAAUGACACAGAUUGCAUUCUACAAGCCAUUCUGAGGUGUGAUCCUAAGUCCUUAACAAUGCUUAAACAGGCUAACAGGAUGGUUCAGCAAUUUUUUAUUCAGUUUUGGGGAGCUACAGCUAAAGUGCCAAAUCCUGAGAAAAUUAUUAAACAUCAAGAGAAUGAGAUACACAAUCUGAAAAUACAAUUGGAGGAAAAAAGGCGGGAAAUCUCUCUUUUGAAAAAUGUUACGUAUGAGGAAAAAAUGCAAAAUGCAGAUAACAUUGUCCAAUGCUUGAAAUUAAGAAUCAGCAAACAAGAUAAAGAAAAUGAAAAGCUCAAAGAAGAAUUAGAAAAACUUAAUGAAGAAAAAAAAAAGCUCAAAGAAAAAGAAGAGAAGCUCAAGGAAGAAAGCGAAAUUCAAAAAAGAGAAAUUCAAAAUUUGAAAAAAGAGUUAGAUAAACUUGAGGCAAGAUUUAACGAAAGGCUCAAGGAGGCAAAAACGAUGAAAUACUGUUCCCUCAUUGAUUGUUCCCAAGCAGCAAAAAUUCUUUGCUGUUAUUCUGGCUUAAGGUCUUUUGCAUACUGCAGUGAAAAAUGUAAAGCAAAAGACGACGUCCAUAAAAGAUUUGAGUGCAAAGCAGGGAAGAGAACUGGUCCAUUACAGGUGGCAGAAGAAAAAGAAGCAACUCCCGAACAAGUUGUUGCAAGAGGAGUUGUUCAACAGUCUACAACUACAACAAUAUAUUUACACAAAGAAAUAACUAGUUCCAGUGCAACUCCACAAACUGCAAAUAUACACAAAAUGAACAAAGUUGUUGCUGCCAAAAAGACUUAUGAAAUGUCCAGAAAUAUAAACAGAAAUACGAACUCGCCAGACAUAUAUUAAAAACAUUAUACAUAACUAGCCUUUAUUAAUAAACAUCAUAUUGUUAAUUUUCGUUCACCUCUUGUAUAUGUUGUCAUGUUAUGAUAUUUUAAAAUGUUUCAUUUUUAUAUUUGUUUCAUUGAUUCACCGUAUUAUUUAUAAAUUCUCUCUGAUAAUUCUGAAAAAUCAAUACAUUUUAUUUGUUUUUUUUUUGUCAUUUACAAAUCAUUUAAAAAAUUUGAUAGCCCCAAAACUUAUGUUUUAACCAGCGCUCAUCGAUUUACAUCAAUCUUUUUUUCUUAAAAAUCAUUAAUAUUUGGUAUUAAAUAAAUUACAAUGCUUUUGAAAUAUUUUAUAACUUUUUGGGGGUUUUCAGGAUGCAGUCUAAAUAAUAAAUUGAAAAUUUAAUGUUUUUUUUUUUUUUUAAUUUAUCUUUAAAAAGUACUUACUGAAAAUGGGUAUCUUUGCAAAAAACAUGAUGGUAAUGAAACUUCUACCAAUUCUUGGUUUUAAAUAGUCUUUAAAACCACAUUUUAUUUUUGUAUUGCAAAUAUAUUUCUGAAUCUUAAAAGUAUUUACAGUAUUAAAAGGUAAUUCCAAUGUUGAGUAAAACAGCUGCUAAAAGAAAAAUUCAGAUAGCCUGUUCCUAUAUGUUUUUUUUUAUUUAUUAAAUUUUUUUUUAGAUAGUAACUAAUACAUAGUUUAAAAUGUAUUAUUAUUUUAACUUAAUAUAAACUAAAUUUCUUUCAAUAUUUUUUAAAACUCAAGCUAAAGUUUUUGUUAUUAUUAUUUUUUUAAUCACAAACCCUGCAUUUAACAUAUGUUACAAUGUUUAAUUUGAAUUUGUAAGAUAUGUUUUGAUAGUGAGUUUUCAAUUUGUUCUAUUUUAUCGAAUGGGAUUUUUAUAAAUUUUUUUAUGUCUGACACUUAUAACACACAUAAUCGUGGUAAAAAAAUUCAAAAUUUUAUUAUUAGUUAUAAUUACAAUUCAUUAUAGAAGUAUCAAAUAUGAAUUCUAACCAUAUAAUCUCUUAUAGAAAAAUACAUUUGCUAAUAACUUGUUUCAAAUGUAAAAUCAUUAUUUUUUUAAGGACGGUGAUUUUACUCUGAUGAUAAGGUAUGAUGUAUUAUGUACAAGAUAUGAUGUAAAAGUUAUGUGUGAAUGUAUAUGCAAAAUGAUGUCUAUAAAAAAGAAGAACAUUUUAAUGUAUAUUUAUAAGAAGUACUUAUUAGAUAUAAGUAACUUAUCAGAAGUAUUGAGAGUGAGCUGCACUUUUUAAAAAUCUUCACAUAACUGUGGAAAAUUGCCACUUUUCUUCCUUUACAUUAAGAAUAAUUAGUUCUAGAGCUAUAUUAUAAAAUGAAUAUAAGAAUUCUCUUCAGACAGAAAAAGGCAUGAAAUUAUAAUUUCUUAAGUAUCUUAUUAAGAUUUAAUUUUAUUCAUUGAAAUAUGUUUCAUUGAAACCAAAUUUUUAAAGUUUUAAAUCUUUUUAAAUUUUAAUUGAGAAAGCUUUCAUAAAAACCAUUUCAGCUAGGAUUAAUGAAUGAUAUGGAAAAAAUGCAAUAGUAAUUAAUUAUAUAAGUAUGUUAAUUAUACAAGCAUUACUAUAAUUAUCCAUAGGAUAACAUGGAGUAAAUAGAAUCUCUUUCCUAUCUGAAGGGGACCCUUAAUUGUAUUUUUAUACACAGUUGUCUGUUAAAAUUGCUAUGGAAAAGGAAUGGCAAAUUUUGAUUUAGUGCCCUAUAAAAAAAAUUUAUAUUUCUAUUUUUUAAAAUGCAAAAUUAAAGCAUUAUUUGAAGAAUGUAAUCAUCUUGCUAAGAUUGUAUUAUAUAUUAUCAAAAAUUUUCAAUAAAAAAACUAUAACAA